AUGUCUAUCGUCACCGACCUUGUCGCGGCAUCGGCAGCCCUCCAUGAUCCAACUAGCCUUUCAAAUGAGGACUACGACCGCCGGCUACGUGACCAUAUUGCAUAUGUCCGGCAAUUGAUGUCGAAGAAAGAUCUGGGCUCCAUUGCUUACGAUCAGGCACUCUUAAAUGCGAGUCAACACGAUCUCCACUUUGCCUCUUCUCAUAGCACUUUAAGGCUGCAUUUUGAUCCCCGGAAGGACUCUAUAACCUACCUAUUUCUUCUGCAUCUCCAGAUCCACACCCUACGGGAAACGUCUGGUGGGACCCUACCAAAAGAAUUACUCCCGUUCGGAACACUAUGGUCAAAGUAUGUCGGUCACGAAUGGCUUCAAUUGGUCGAAUCAAUGGGACAAGCUGCGCAAGCUGCUUCAAAGCCAUUCUUGGCUGCACCACUGAUCCAAAGUGCAUUAUUACGACUUGAUCCAUCCUGUGCUGUCUUGACAUCAACCCACGUACUUCUAGCCCAGCUUUGUCUUGCGGCCAAGGCGUAUACCUGUGCUUUGCCAGUGUUGGACGAGCACAUACGCCAUAUUCCUGCGCUCCCGAGCCGUGCUUCGUCCAACUCUCUUUCGAUGCUCUGUGCAGAGCACAGAUCAAGUCUGUUGUUCAUGAAUGAGACCACGGGUCUUUCGUCUAAGAUAUCAUACAGAGACUACCUGCGGUACUUUCUCUAUGGCGGAAUGAUCUAUUUGGCGCUAAAAGAGUGGCGCAAGGCAUCACAUUUCUUGGGCACUGUGAUCUCUAUGCCUACCAUGGGCUCUGUGAGCAUGAUAAUGGUCGAGGCCUAUAAAAAAUGGAUACUGGUAGGACUACUCGAGAAGGGCAAGCUGUGUCCACCUCCGAGUAUAACUGCACCUCAUGUGGUCAAAACAUUCCAAUCCCUGGCCAAACCUUACGUCAACGUCGCUCAAGCUUUUGAGCGUGGGGAUAUGAAGAUGCUAGAGGCGGAAGUAGAUGCUGGUCGAGAUAUUUGGCGUCUGGACAAUAACACGGGCCUUGUUUGGCAGGUAGUCAAUGCAUACUCAACACAUUCAUUGAUCAAGGCCAAGAAGGUAUUUGCAGCCUUAACUAUGACAGAGCUUCGGUCGCACAUAUCACCAUCACCUAUGGAUGUUAAUGGGGUUGAUGAAGCCAACCUAGCGUCACUUAUUGCGUCUGAUGCUAUAGAUGUGACAUUGGUACAGUCUGACCUUCAUUCUAAGGAUACAAUGUUACGUUUCGCAGAUUUGUCCUCUCUUCCAGAGGUCUCUCGUGAGACCAGGAUGCAAACACAGCUCGAAAGGGAGGAGCAGUUACUUAAGUCCCUCUUUGGUGGUGUGGAAGAAAAUAGUACUGGCCUAGGUCUAAGUGAUGAAUUCAUUGAUAAUGUGGUGAAAGGCCAACAAGCAUGGCCUAGUGCUACAGUUAUAAACCCAUCUCUAGGUAGGGGUGCUGGCUUGGAAAUGGAGGAGGAUAUUAUGGGGGAUCUAUCCUGA